UGUGUUUAUGUGAUAUGCAGUUUCUUGGUGUUAAUGUGUGUCCUUGUAGUUGAAGAGGGAUGAUUUGUUCAUAAGUGUUGUGGCAGUAGAAAUAUAGUGUGUGAGGACUGAUGCAUUCAUGUGUGUAUGUGUGUGUUAGAAGGUGGCAAUAUAGCUUACAGGAAGACUGACCUGAAUAUCCUCUGACUUUUUGGAAAAUGGCUGGUGUUUGCUCAUGUGAUUCUUGCCUGCAGUGUGUGUGUGUGUGUGAAUGAGAUAGGAUCCUGCAGUCAAUAAUGUCCAGGUCUCUGGUUUCUAAUUGUGUUUGAAGAUGGGGCAGGAACACAUGAGAGUAUAGGCAUCUCUGAGUCUCAGAGAAAUAUGCUUGGUUGUACUGAAACACUUACUAUAGAUCAUCAAUACAUUCAAGUAAAGCUAUCAGCUAUUAAUAUGUUCAUAACAACAUGCCUGGUUUUAGAAAAGGCAGCUAAGUCCAUAAAGACAAAUUAACAUUAUAAUGUGAACUUGCAAUAUUUUAAUUUUGAUAAAGAAAAAUAUAUAUAGACAUAUGCACUAAAUGGUGGAGAAACAUUAUGUAGUGGGCCCAUUUAUUGAUAAAUUUUGAUCUUGAGCAGAAAAUCUUGAAGGAAAAAUUCAAUACAUUAAUUAAAAUUAAGGUUUUUGAAUGACCUAGUCAAAGCUCAGAAAACCUUCUGUGGAUUCAAUACUUUUAAGAUCCUCCUAUGUGGCUGAAAGAAGAAAAAAGCUAGUUGCUACUCAUCACAAACACUUGAAUCUUUUUCACACUGGGUUAUGUUUGUUUUUAUAACUUUAUAUUUUAAUAAAUAACACAAUAUUUUAAGUACUACUUCUUAAUUUUACUAAUAUUAUCUUUGAUGUAGAAUUUAAAAAGCAGAGUACGAUAAGAGGAAAUCUGGUAAUUUUACCUGUAAAGUAUGUAGAUUUGGACUUUUGCAAAAUGUUUGAGAAAAAUAUGACUCUACAUGCAUUUAUUUGUUUUUUUAUUUCACAAAUGCAGAAAAGUGUUUCAGUAAAAACAAUAUUUUAAAGCAUCAAUAAUCAGAAGGGGGAAAGAAUCAGUCCAGGUUAGACCCUUAACAUUUUGUCAAAAGCUUUCAAAACACUAUUUUUGGCCUUUUGGCAAAUAAAAUAAUGUUUUCUUCUACCUUAAUCUGUGUUUUUAGUAAUCCCCGUUUGGUCAACUUUGGUCAUUGUGUAGAUUAUUGAUCUGAGCAGAGAUGAUUAUAUGCAGACCAGGUUUUUUUGAAAAACAGUGAACUCUUCCAUUUUUUUGAUUCAGCUUGGGAGCUAGUACAGUGUAUGGUCUUGUUUUCAAGUUAGUCAGACAUAUAGACUACAUCAACAAUGAUCUGUGGGUUUAGUACAUUUUUCUAAUGUUAGAAAUAAAAAUUGUUGCCUGCUGAUACAAACCAUUUUGAAAAUGUUUUGCUACUACACACUGAUUUGGAUGAAAUCUGGAAAGCCUUAGCUCUACAAUAGCUAACCGUAAACAUCUGGUUCUUCAAUCAUGUAAAAUUGUAGAUUUUUACCAUGUUUCUCUGGUUCUUCUAUGUCAUUUCCACAUGACUGUAGUUAGUCUACUGAUAUAAUUUGGGCCUUCCAUCUUCUCUAUCCACAGCUAAAUGGCAGCUGGUUGCAGAGAUGCACCAUCUGUUUUUUUAUUUCAACAAAUUAGUCCUUAGUGAUAUAAAUUUGUUGGAUGAAAACAAGCAUUACUGGCAUCGUUUUUGAGGAAUUUAUGUUUUUACUUUCUGCUGAUGACUGAACUAUUUUGUAAAAGCAGGUAGAGCCCUGUUCAUAGUUAUUGAGACAUCUGGAAAACACAGUCUGUAAAACACAUUCACUAAAUUAUAAUAAUGAACAGAAAAAUAUUCUACAUUUAGAUUUUAUCAAGUAGAAAUCAUGUAAGAAAAUAGAACAUAUGAUUAAUGUUAAUUUACUCAGCUAGGACAAUAAUCAUGUUAAAAAUAGUUUAAUUGAAUCAUUAGUGACAUUCUGAUGACCAUGAUAAGUCUUAAAAUGAUGAAUACAGAUGAUUAUUUUCCUUAGCCAGUGUUCAUGUUUAUCUUCAUUUGUGACAGUCAGAGCAAGAAAUAAUACUAAUUAUAGUAUUUAGUAGCGUAAAUAAAACCCCUUACAUCUAUUUAUGUCAAUAUAUACAUGUAGUUGUGUGUUGGUGCAUGUGUGUGCAUGUUGAUGCACCAUAUGCCACAGUUCUGUUGCCCAUUUUCUUCUCCUCUCCCUCGCUACAUUCCUCCAUCUCUCCCCUCUUCUCCAGCCAUAUACGGUCAUUUAAUUAUUUAUCCAUGUCUUUCCUCUUCUUGUGAUCCUUCUAUUUCUGCCUCACUCUGCCUCAUUUCCUCUUCCUCUCCAUUUCGUCCUUCAUCAUUCCCUCCCUCCCUCUCUCCUUCCUGCUGGCCAUUCCCAUUCCCGGGAAACUCUUCCUUUCGUUUUGACAAACAUGCAAAGCCAUGUUUCAGUGCUCAUAUCCUGCUGAUUUUUUUAUUCCCUGCAUCCAAAUUUUGAUCUUAGCUCUCUUAUUUCACACAUGCUCCUUGUCUUGACGAGUACAAUAUUGAUUAAUUACUAUUUUGAAUUGAAAAGCUACAUGUUCUGCAUUUCUUUCUGGAAGAAACCACAAAGCAUAAAAUAUUUAAGUAAGAAGUGAUUUAAUAAAAUGUAAACCAAUCAAGAAUUCAUCACAGCUUUGCUUUUGUUUUUAUUGAUCAAAUGGUAUUCAUGCAUUAUUCACUUGUUAUUUUACUGCAUUAGUCUUUAUUAAAUUGUUCCUGUAAAUAUGAACUUUGUUUGAAUAUCCUAAAAGACUUGAAUAAAAGACUUGUUCAGAGGUAACAAGCAAUUGCUGCAAGUUGGUGAUUUGAUGCAAUUGGCUGGGCUUAGUUAGAUGUACUUUUAUGUAUCAAAAUUACAUGAGCAACCUAAUUUGAGUGUUUUGUUAUACAGUUCAGAUUGGAUUGGACUGCAAGAUUGGAUUUUAGUCUUAUGUCAAAAUCUGAUUUCAUCUGAAUUUAGACUUAAAUUGUUAGAAAUUUUCAUGUCUUGCCUUGCAAAAUGAUUCAGGUUGCAUUUGUUGUCAAUUGGUUCAAUAUAAACCAAGAUUUGUUAAGAAACAAAUCUUGUCAGUCUUGUUCUUUAUAACUGGCACACAAUUUUAUAUUCUAAUGUUAAUAAUAAGGAUUACAAUAUUAGUUGCUUAGCUUGUUGUGCCUAAAGUAGUAUGUGGUGAAGUAAAAAAAAUCCAUGUUAUUACUGUAAAUAAUUUAAUGCUGGAAAACCAGUAAAAGUCUUGUUAACUAAUAUUACCUUGGACCUUUGAGUUCUUUCAUUUUAAUUGCUGUUAAACUCUAAUAUUUGGGUAAUAUGUCAGAUUUUUAGGUUUGAUGGCAAUGAAAACAUAGGUAAGAGAAAGUUAACCUGGUGUCUUGCUUACAGUGACAAAAGUCAUGUAAAUCUCUUUUUUGUGGCAUUUGUGUGCUAAAAAAUGCCUUGGUGACAUCAGAGGUGACUGAACAGACUGGACUGACAUUUUAGUAGAAGCAUCAGAGACUAAAAUAAUCAAUUGUUAAACUAUAGUCAAAGUGUGAAAAACACCACAUGAAACACCAAGAUUUAAAAUUGUGAAGGAGCCCAGGCUACAGCAGCAGAAGACCAAUCUUGAGAUCUAACAAGAAACUGAGGCUUAAGCAACUGCCAGACUGUUACAGAUGGAAAGAAGAUCUUAAAUCUUGAUUUUAACAGUGAAAUUCAGGUGGUGGGGUCAGAGUUUGGUGUGAACUAUCUGUGUCUUUGAUGUUAAUUUAAAUAUUAUUACAUUGUUCUUUCUUGUUGUACUUGAUUCUAGCGGUAUUAUUUUAACCACAUCUACAAUAUCUUUGCCUCUUUUAUUUAGUCUUUCGUUGCAGAUAGAUAUUGUUGCUAUUCCUAUCCUCCCCUUACUUAUUUGAACCAAUCACCUCCGUGUCACUCCAUUCCUGCUUCAUCCACUUGUGUUGGCCUAUAUGGAGUUUUUUCUCCAUCCGAUCAGUGCUGGUAUCUUUUCUGCUGAGCACUGCAGUCUCUGUUAGGUGUGGUUUGAUGCGUUUGUGAGUGUCCUCCCUCCCUCUCUGCUGCUGCUGCUGUAGAGCUUACGUAACACACAGCAACGUGUACAAACAGCAAAGGGUGAGAAACACAGGGGGAUGUGGAAAAAAAAAGGAGAAAGAAAGAAGAAUGGAAAAAAAGAUGAGAUUGAUUAGGCAAUAACCUCAUUGAGAAUGGUGACAGAUUAGGAGGAAAGAACAUGUGUUCAUGUAUAUUAGAUGGUGCAAAUUGCAGCAGGAUGCCAGUGAUGUUAAUGCAUGCAUGACUGACUCAGGGACAAUGGAAUUAUACUUUCUUCAGAGCGUGAUGUUUAAACUUCAUUUAGAUGCAUGUUAUACUUGAACUGAAUGCAGAAGAAGAAGUAAUAAAUGUAAGUAAACAAGAUGAAAACACACUUAUGAGCAGUUUUUGCAUAAUUUAAAUAUAUGAAAACUGUUCAGCUGAGUCUCUGGUUUUCUUGUCGUUUAUCACCAUCUGAAAGUUAUUAAUCAAGCAGAUAAUUUAUUAGGAAAUGCAAAAUCUCUUUGUUGAUAUCUCAUGCGGUGCUGCUCCACCCUUAGGUGGAACUGUUUGGGAAGACUCUGCAAUACGGCAGGGUGGGGCCUCAGAGGAUCACCGAAAAGGAACAGAGAACCAGUAUCCAUAAAAUUAAUGGUUGCCUGUAGAAAAAAUCCACCCACACAUCAAUUGCUUUCACUCCUGACCAAGCGAAUUCUGAAGGCACCUUCUCUGCCUUUUUCUUCAGCUGAGCACCAUUUACUCGUCACUCUUUUCCCUGACCCGUUCAGGUGCUGUGACUUACAAUAGGAUGUCGAUCGUCAGCAUUGUUGCCAGGGAGAUCCUGGACUCCAGGGGAAACCCCACUGUGGAAGUGGAUCUUCGCACAGAAAAAGGUCUAUUUAGGGCUGCAGUGCCCAGUGGGGCUUCCACAGGGAUCUAUGAGGCUCUGGAGCUCCGAGAUGGCGAUAAAAGCCGUUUCAAGGGAAAAGGUGUUUUGAAGGCAGUUGGACACAUCAAUGAUACUCUGGCGCCAGCCCUCAUAGCCUCUGGCAUCAGUGUGGUGGAGCAGGAGCAGUUGGACAACACGAUGAUUGAAAUGGAUGGCACAGAAAACAAAUCUAAGUUUGGAGCCAAUGCCAUUUUGGGAGUUUCCCUCGCCAUCUGUAAAGCCGGUGCAGCAGAGAAGGACGUCCCUUUGUACCGCCAUAUAGCCGACUUAGCUGGAAACACCGAGCUUGUGCUGCCGGUUCCUGCCUUUAAUGUGAUAAAUGGAGGCUCUCAUGCAGGAAACAAACUUGCCAUGCAGGAGUUCAUGGUUCUGCCUGUUGGGGCCGAGUCUUUCAAGGAGGCCCUGAGGAUAGGAUCCGAGCUCUACCACACGCUGAAGGGCGUGAUUCAUGAGAAAUAUGGUCAGGAUGCCAUUAACGUUGGAGAUGAAGGAGGUUUUGCUCCAAAUAUCUUGGAGAACAGUGAAGCCCUGGACUUGCUGCAGACUGCCAUUGAGAAAGCAGGCUUCACCGAUAAGGUCGUAGUUGGGAUGGACGUGGCCGCCUCUGAGUUUUACCGUGAGGGGAAGUACGAUCUGGACUUCAAAUCCCCUCCGGACUCCUCCCGACACAUCAGCGGAGAAGAGCUGGCUGACAUCUACCAAAGCUUUGUCAAUAAUUACCCAGUGGUCUCCAUCGAGGAUCCAUUUGACCAGGACGACUGGGAGGCCUGGUCUCGUCUGACGGCCCAGGUGGGGAUCCAGGUUGUUGGAGACGACUUGACGGUGACCAACCCAAAAAGGAUAGAGAAAGCUGCAGAGGAGCGAGCCUGCAACUGCCUGCUGCUCAAAGUCAACCAGAUCGGCUCCGUCACUGAAGCUAUACAGGCAUGCAAGUUGGCUCAGGCCAAUGGCUGGGGAGUGAUGGUCAGCCAUCGCUCAGGGGAGACGGAGGACACCUUUAUCGCCGACCUGGUGGUGGGACUCUGUACUGGACAGAUUAAGACUGGAGCCCCCUGCAGAUCUGAGCGACUUGCUAAAUACAACCAGCUCAUGAGGAUUGAGGAGGAGCUGGGCGACCAGGCUCGCUUCGCCGGCCAUAACUUCAGGAACCCAAGCGUCCUGUGAAACCAGCUGACAGACAAGAAUGACUCACACACUCAACGCACGCAAAAUGCCCACGCAAACUGACACAAACGACUAACAAGGAAUGAGCCAUGUACAAAGAACGAUCACUGAAAUUCAGGAAAAAUACAAUCGCAAAAGAGCUAAGCAAAAGAAAUCAAUCAAUUAUGCACUAGACUUAAAAAAAGGGAGGUGAUGCUGUAUGCAGACACACAUACACUCACACACACACACGCGCACACAGUUGCAACACCUGAAAAUGCACAUGCAGGGGAACACUCUAAAGAAAACCCCAGAAUCUAUAAGCCAGACAUGCACUGUUAUUGUAGGAAUAGUUCAUGUACACCCAGGAGGCAGGCCUGCAAAGAUAACAAUUAUUGUUGUAAAAAAACAGAGGUGAAUACGUAGAAAUUCUGUAGAAUAAUAUAGUCUGAAGCACGCAACUGAAAGAGAUGAAAAAAUCAAACUUUUAAGACCAAACGAGGAUGAUGCAGAUGUAGGAACUGAGUGAAAACAACAAUAAAACAAUAAAGAGCACUCUAACACCAAAACACACAUACACACACACUCUCAGCUGUGUCUCUCUCUCUCACCUGGACACUCAAGAACCUGCACUCUUCCCAGCUCUAUCCUCCUCCCUUUCUCUCUCUAUAUUUUACUCUCCUUCUUCUCGUUGUAUCUGUGUCUCAGUUUUAACUGUUCUGGUUUUCUUCUCAACCUUGUGUGAAUCUGAUUAUUUGUCCUUCAUGGUUGAAGUCCUGCUUCUGUCCUGAAAGAAAAAAAGAAAAUCCUUAAAACUCGCAAACCUUUGACCCUUUUGGUUCCCCCGUCCCCUGUUUGUCCAUAGAAUAGCUGUGUCAAAAAAAGAAGAAAGAGCAAUGAAAAUAAAAAUAUGAAAACAAUAAUGGAACGCUUGUCAAUUAAAAUAAUGUGAAAAUAUGUGAAAUAAAGAUUAUGUUCUAAGAUUUCAA